GCGGGCGGAAAUGCCAUUUUGGACAUGAUGGAUGUCAAUCCAACUCCUGUGAACAUGGGGGCUCCGGCUCCUGUGGAUUUUGGGACUACUGUCAGCCAGCACCUCACGACACACGAGCAUCAUCAGCAUCAGCAACACCACCCAAUGGCAUCGUUGCAGCAUCAGACCAUCCAAGUCCAGGGUCAAUCUCUCCAACUGCCAGAACCCGCCAAGGCAGGGGAAGAUCAAAACGAGCCAUAUGGAAUGCCACAACAGCAGCAGCAGCAAGCCCCUCUUCCUCCAGCUGCGCCGCCGAUUCAGGUAUCGAAUUCCGAACCACAGGACCAAUCCCAGCAACAAGACAUGCAACCUACGCCUCAUGCAGGUGAACUCGUGGCGGCUGCCGCUUCUGUCGCCAUAUCGGCCCUCAACGCCUCCUUUGAUACGGGUGCUGGCGCCUCAACUAAUUUGGAACCAGAAGGGACUGCCACUACAGCUACUUUGGAUUCAGAAGGGACUGCUACUACAGCUACUUUGGAGCAAAAAGGCGCAGCUUCCUUGGAGCAAAAAGGCGCAAAUGAGGAGGAGCCUGCCGUUUCCCCGCCAAAGGAAGUUCCUACAGCCACUCCUGUGAACGAAAGUACUAAUAACGACCAAGAAGAGUCGGAAAAGAAGCGACCUGCUGCUGCUGUUAGUGAGGAUGUCUCGACAGAGGACUCGCCGACCGACAAAAAACUCAAAACAAACGAUGGUACAGCGGUCGCCGCCCCUCCUCCUGACGCUGCCGCCGCUACGGAAACUGCGGAUGGAGAAGAGAACGAUGCGGCAGAAAAUGCCACGGACGACCCGGACAAGAAAAAACCGGGUCGGAAACCUGGAAGUCUCAACAAGAAGAGAAGCAUUAGCAAUUACAAUGCAAGUUGGAACGACAUGUUCUUUGCCCUGAUGGCAUUCAAAGCCAAGCUAGGGACAUUCCACGUUCCAAACAACACGAAACUUGGCAAGUGGGUCACCAAACAGCGACAGGAAUAUAGUAAGCUGCAACGAAGAAAGAUCACCUAUCAUCAAUGUCAUGAACUGAGCGAAGAACGCAUCCAGGUCUUGAACAGCUUGGGAUUCAUAUGGGAUACCAUGCUGCAUGAGAAUGGUCGCCGUUGGAAUCAGCGAUUUGAAGAACUGAAAAAGUGGAAAGAAGAAAAUGGCCACUGCAAUGUGCCCCAAUCGACAAGCCUUGGUCAGUGGGUGAAGAUUCAACGAGAAAACAAGCGCGAAGCAGAUCUCAAGGCUGCUGGAAGGCUUCCAACGAGAACAAAACCAAAGCCGUGCUUGGCACCUGACCGAAUCGAAAAGCUCACCUCGAUUGGGUUCCAAUGGCGUGUGGCAGCCCCUGUCACCGGGUGGGACAAUCGAUACAACCAGUUGCUGGAGUACGCCAAAAUCCACCACGGAGAUGUGAAUGUCCCUCAAUAUUAUCCGCAAGACAAGGCAUUCGGGCGUUGGGUGAUGAAACAACGGAGCGAGUAUUCGCUACGCCUUCGUGGGCUAAAGUCGCAGCUAACAGAUGAACGCGUGGAAAAACUCAACACUAUUGGCUUUUCCUGGGUAGCCCCCAACUUCAAGCGCAAAGUUACUGUGGGCAUUGCAAAGGGCUCCCCAGCUGCGAGCAUCGCCGCAGCCAUACAUCAUCUUGACCCCGCACAAGAAAUCAAUGAGGCCGACAAGCUCGAUCCCGAAGGCAACAAAAACCUUCGAGCUGAGACGAACGAUGUGGUCCACAACGAGAACGACAAUCCCGCUGGUGCCAUGCCACAACCUGUUCUUGUGGAGGCCGCAGCCCAAGCACCUCAUGCUCCACCGCCGCACGCACCGGCCCCACCUCCGCAACAACCGCAGCAACACCAUGAGGUGCAGCCGCAGCCCCAGAUGCAUCAACCACCUCAGCAACCAAUGCCGCAGCAGCCCCCUCCACUUCAACAGCAGCAGCGGCAGCCACAAGACCCACCCCCACUUGGUGCUCAAGCUCAGCAGCAGCCGGUACAUCCAUCUGCGCCCCAGAUAGUUCAUCAUCAUCAUCACCAUGUUCCUCCUCUGGGUGCUCCAGGUGACGGCUUUAAUCCACUGCACCAUGAUCAUCACCAGCACGCACACCCGAUGCAUCAUGAUCACAAUCCUUAUCAAAUGAAUCCCCAUCAAGUGCCGAAUCAGCCACACCCGAUGCAUCCGCAUCAUCAUCAUCCACAGCAGCACAACGGCAUGGACGAAGAUGUCAUGGAAUUUUUGUAGAAUGUACGAGUGAGCUCUGGAGGCUGUGCAUCUUGUCCCGAUUGUUCUUCCGCAUUUGUGACUGUUCUUGCUUGGCUGGGUGAUGAGUUUGCUAUAAUAGUUUCUGCCUAACUGCUUUGAUUAUUGAGAUCAGAUCAGACUUUUUUUAAAGCAAGGGGGGCGAAACUAGCCACCGCCUAGCUGAGCCUGAAACAGUACGGUACCGGUUGGUGCAUGCGAGAAGCCAGCUGUGGGGCAAGGUUGGAAAUAGGGUGACCGGCAGGGAUGGUGAGGGCCGGAACAUCAGGAAGGGGUGGUCCCGACAGAACCCUAGAGGAACCAAAUCAUUCACAUGCAAUAGAACCGAGAUCAUUGCAGAUUUCAUUGUGGCGGCGGAUGUAGUGAUGUGUGCAGCUGUGUAUACGUACGGUAUGUUGUGAGCGUGUCGUGUGUUGGCCAAUAUUCAGUUGUCUUGGUGCGAGUCGAGCGGAGAAACUGUGGAUCAUUGUUUCGUAGGUGUUGGACCCGGAGGCGAGCCAAAGCCGGCGUUGUGCUCUGUGUGAACUUGGAAGGUGUCAAAGUUUCCCUCAGCUAGCAAAUGACUGCGUCUGUUACAAAACCUUUCCUACCCAAUAUCGUUCUAAAAGAAUCUAUAAGUACAAGAGCAGAUUUUUCUAUUAAGUUAUGAAAGGCAGUGAACUUUCA